UCCUACAGGGGUGGAGCUGAGAUGUGAGGAAAUAAAGCGAGGAUGUACAAAUUAAAAUUGAGAGAAACACGCAGUGUACGUUAGUGUGUUAGAAAGCACAAUAGUUAGAGACACGAUGAAGCUUCUUUUUCAGGUCCUUUUGCUGGUUGUAAUGUUCGCUUUACAGAAAUGCCAGGAGGAAUACUACGCAGACGCUCCAGAAUAUUACUCUGUGGAUACUGAUAAGGCAGUGUUUGAGAUCACAAUGCACGAACAGGUGGAAGACAGAGAGAAAAAUAGAGUCGAAGUGGUGUGCAUGUUUGACCGAAUGUUUGAAUGGGAAUUCAGUCGGUGGAUAAAGCCUUUUGAGCUGUCUGUGCAGAGUGAACUGAACUACACCAAGGAUAAAGUCAAUUGCAAUUCUGUAGGUACUAGAAUAACAUGUGUGUAUAUGGUCACUGUGAGUCCACCUGCUUCCUUCACCUGUGAACGUGAGGUUCAUUCUAAUGGAGAUUUCAUAAUUAUGCGCACAAAGACCUACACUUACAAGCGCUCAGACUAUACAGACUAUACGGAUCAUCAUGAGGAAGAAGGAGUGUCUUCAUUCUGCAUGGGCCUUUCCCCCACCAUUGCUGUUGGUCUCUUCAUCAUGACUGUGGCAGUGAUCGUGACCUGACCACCAUCAGGAGUAAGGCUACAGACUCCGUCAUCAACCCCACAACUGUUACAGACAACGACUACAUGGAUCUGACGAGAGAAGAACAGACCUGAAGAGGAGAAACAAACUUCUACUGUACAUUUACAUUUUACAUUUAAUCAUUUAGCAGACGUCUUUUUACAAAGUGAUUUACAAAUGAGAAGAGCAAUAGGAGCAGUCGAAUGAACCAAAUGAUUUGAAAAAAGAUUUGUUCAUUUUGAUGUUUGUUUCAUUUGAUGAACGAGUUCGAACAGGAGAGUCAUGAACGCGCAUUGAAUGUCUUAAGGGCUGCACGUGCAUGAUAUAUUGUUUUAACAUCCAUAUUGCAAUGUGCGCAUCCGCGAUAGACACAUCACAGGAUGUGCGAUGUCAAGUACAGACUUUAUAUAUGCCAAAGAAACAAGCUUGCAGCCAUCUUUAGAAUUUUGUCUUUUAACUGACUUUUUUUUUUUUUUUUGCGGUAGCUCUGUAAAUUACUAAGGCAUCUCUGUCGAAGAGUAAUUAGCUGGUGAAGUGGAUUUACUUAUUGUAAGUUACCAUGAGAAUUGUAAUGUUUGAAGCGGAUGUCAUAUCAAUACCGGAUAAUUUUAAAAUGAGUGGUUCAUUCAUAAAUCCGUAAGAUCUUACCCUCAUGCUAUGGAAAUACAAACCGGAAGACAAAAAACACAACGAGCGCAGCGCUGAAAAGGGCCGUGGCUACUGUACAUACGGCCUAUAGUGAUCAUCAGUUGAUCCAUACUGACCAGGCAUCACAUUUCAGUUGAAACACGUGAUUCUCGGAUUGAUUGCAAAGUUUAACCAUCAUAGAGCAAAAGUUCAUCAUUUAUAUGUGCUUUAGGUUCUGUCAGUUUAAACAUUUAAAUGAUUUUAAACCAUUCUAGCGCAAGAAGAUGCGAAAGAAAACUUAAUUAUGAACCUGUCCGCUGUUUUCUGUGCACAGACAGCACGCAAACAACGAAUUCCUUUCUCUUCCGUGUCCAUCCGUGCUUGAAAGGACUCAUACAUGCAAAAUUAUAUCAAAAUGCCCGUUUCGGUGAGUUUUCUCGUAAACACAGUCGCUUAUGAGAAAGAAAACGGAUGUUUAUCAUUGUAUUGGACCUUUGCAUUCGGUGUUAAAGUGACAGCAGCCUAAUCUUGGUGCUGUCUGUGUCAUUAAUGUUAAUCAAAGAACAAAAUAAAGGAAAUCCCUAAAUGAAAUUAUAUAAUGAAAUUAUAUUUCAUUUAUACAGUGAAGAAUACAGUGCUAUUUUACAUUUCAUUAUUCGAUUUUUGUACCUGAAUACUGUAAGUCUUGCAUAAAGCUAUGUUUAUUUCAUUUGUAUCUUUGUUCUAUUGUAUUCAUCUAUGGUGGUAAUUUGUUUGUCCUUUCAGGUUCAAAAUCACCCGUCAUACUACAAUGAUUCAUUCUUUACAAAUAGAGCAAUUCAUCUGGUGAAGUUGCAAUAAAUAUUGCAGAAAACCAAAAUAUCGCAAUGUCAUUUCCAAUAUCGUGCAGUAGUUGCAAGAGCAGCACAAAGAAUUUCAGUAUAUUUCCCAGUUCCUUCCUGUUACGCAAGAACAGCAUAUAAAAUGUUUAGAUUCAGAAGACACUGUGCCUUUUUCUCUCAGAUAUCUCAAUCCUUUUGAACCCUUAUUUCUUUAAACUCUGAUUUUCACAAACUUCAUCUGAUACAAUACUGGAUAUUAUUACUAAGAUUUCUUUUUUGCUAUUUCAAUUUUCAUAUUUACUUGAUUCAUUCAUUUGUCAUUAUAAUUUUACAAUUUCAAAUUUGUUAUUCCUUACUUUUAUUGGAUCUCUGCCAUCAUUCGCUCGUCUGCCUGGACCACACUGCAUCAAGAAUGAACAUGCUUUAUGUCCUUUUAUUGGUCCUUUGGUCAUCUUUCAACAGAACCAGCUCCUUCCUUAUCUACAACAAGGACCACAACAAAUGUGUGUAUGCCGUGAGUGCUAGUGUAGUGCUGACUGCGCCAUGCGACGCAUCUUUCACAGCUCAGCGUUUCCUAUGGAUUUCCUCAUCACGAAUCAUCAGCCUCGCUUUUAAUCUCUGUUUGGGGGCCGAGAAGAUCGAAGACGGGGCCAAUGUUCUCCUUCUGCCCUGCAAUGAGUCUAACCCCCAACAAACCUGGGAGUGUAAAGAUGAGACCUUGCUUGGACUGAAGGGACAUCCACUGCACUUGAACUAUGGAGAUUAUGUCGAGCCAAAUAUGAUGCUGUUCAAUGAAACAGGAGUUUGGAGUCGCUGGCUGAUUUAUGGGACCAAUGAAAAUUUGUGUUCUCGUGGAUAUCAAGAGAUGGCUAGUAAUCCUAAUGGGAAACCGUGCUAUUUCCCUUUUAAGUUUAAUGGAGAUGUGUACGCCGAGUGCACUGUGGAUGGCAGGGGUGAUGGUCAUCUGUGGUGUUCCACAGAAAAUGAUUACGAAAAGGAAGAGUGGGGCUUCUGCCACCCAAUAAAUGCUCCAGAGACCAACAUCGCAGUGUACCGGCAGAUGCAGGACAGAGAGCAUGUGAUAGUGAUGUGUUCAUUUGGCAGGAGGUUCACUAAGAGCUCUUUCCAGCUGUCAGUGGAGGGUGAACACAACUACACACUGAAGGACCCACUGUGUUAUUCAAAUGAGAAGUGUGUGUUUGAUGUGAAAGUGAGUCCACCUUUUUCCUUCACCUGUGUGCACGAGAUUAAUUCUGCGGUGAACCGUCGCAGUGAGACUUACACAGAUGAUCAUGAGGAAGGAGUGUCUUUAUUCUACAUCUGCUUUUCCUCCUCCAUUGCUGUUUGUCUCGUCAUCAUGACUGUGGCAGUGAUCGUGACCACCAUCAGAGGCAAAUAAAGGAGAGUGUUUACACUAGUUACUCACAGUCAGAUCAAAAUCUAUAAAUGGAAAUGCAUAGCAUGUGAGCAUCUCUUAGAGCAUCUCUGAAAUGCUUUGUUAUGCAAUUAAUUUUGUUUUGUUUCGUUAUUUCCCUUAAAGAAGCUCAAAGACUAACACGCAGCCGUGGUUUUCUGAGCUGAAGAUGCAAGUUUCUCUUCCUCAAUCUUAUUUCUGAUGACGGCAUUAUCUCAAUAUAGUUCCCUGCAUGCGUUUCUAUGUUAAAAUCUGACACCACUUGGUGUGAGAUUCAUUUUGACAUGCAAUGCUAUAUUAAGGUGUUGUGAUUGUGUUUCGUGCGUUCAGGAUUAGAUUUGAUCAGUCUUCAGCUUCAGUUUUAUUUGAGGAAAAAUCCUAAAAUAACUUAGCAGAUCUUAACUUAAGUUGUGCUUCAAUACAACAGACUCAAGCCUAAUUUUAUUAUAUGAUUUUUUUUCCUUAGGCAUUUGUUAAGAUUUUCUAUUAUAAUUUAAGUGAUGCAAUUUUAGAACUGUGUUAGGAUGAAUUCAUCACAUUAGGAUGAAUUGCUUAUGCUGUAUUUGUAUGUUUAGAAAAAAAAUGUCUUCUGAAUUAAUAUAAUUUUUUUUUAAUUUUUUAAUAUAAACAUGUUUUUUACAUGAAGAUCAUAACGAUAAAUUGUAUGAAUUAGAAUGUGAAUUGCAGGUUAAUUGAUGAUACAUUAACUAAUAAACGCAUACAAAAUACAAA